UGCAUUUUUGUAUGCGUCGCCCAUCCAAUUCCAAAAUUCUUCUUCUCUUCCUCGAAAAKCCAGCAAAAGAAGCCCUCUCUCUUCGAAACAUUAUUUCUUCAAAGUUUGCUCUCUCAAUAGGUAUCCGUGAUUCUACAAGUACUGCAUUUCAUUUUGUUUCAUCUCUUCUUUUCGACAACAUGAUGAAUUUCUCACGACAAUCUUUACCAUUGAAAUCUGCUCCAAUCAAGAAGCGUUAUGGUCACAAACCAACCGUCAACAACUGCCAAUUGGAUCACCAAGACAAAGGAAACGGUCCUAUCUCUACUGCCAGCUUGAGUGAAGACGGGAAAGGAAAGAAAGCGAGCGGCAACGAUCAGGAAUCAAAAACGCUACGUUCCAAAACAACAGGAAUUGCCAAGAAACGCAAAGGGUCUGAACUCAUCAAUGAAAGUGGCAAGAAGAAAGAAAUGGACUUUGACCGCAAGGAAGAACGAAAGCGCAAUACAGACCGCAAUCAAACGAAACGAAGGCGCCUGCUCCACAAUCGCASCGGUGACAAACAACGCGGUGGCAAAAACCACCUUUCUGCCAGAACGAGAUCCUCAUUCGAGAUCAAACAGAGGAUCAUUGUACCGGGCCAUAAACAAAAGGUAGCGGAUUACAUUCAACACAUUGUCGGGUCACGCUCCCUCUCCAAGAAGAAGAGUUGUCGCAAAUCUGCUAGUGUGACGAAGCAACCCGAUCCGAUGACCAACACCAAACGAACAAAGAUUGAUUGUAGAACCCAAUCUCUCAUGUCGAUGGUCGGGAAAAAGAUCGAAGUUAAGUCGGACAAGUGCGAUGGAACCACCAMAUGGCACAGUGGUAUUAUUCAAUCAUGUUCGGGAGAUGGAAGCGAAGCGAUUCUCGUCUAUGAUGAAGACGGGAGCAAUCCAGUUCUAUUGAAUCUUCGAGAUCCCCCCAAAUGGCGUCCAAUGGAAACUGCUUCCGACCAGGUCAGCUGCAGUAACACCACAACCAUCGAGAAAUACCAGCAAGGAAGGACUACAGAUCACCAAUUGCUACUGCCAGCCCCUCGUCCAAAAGUCRUCGUUGUCUCUUCAGAUGAAGACGUCCGUUCUAUGUCGACUAGUACUGAUAUUGCGAAGCAGGCUACAUCUUCGGAAAACACCAUCAGGAAAGAGAAAACAAAGAAGCGAUUAAAGACACAGAAACUCGAACAACUGAAUCGUUACUCAUCGACAUUGUCCCAAUUGAUUCGUCAGGAGAAAAAGAAACAACAUCAUAAACAAGAUCUAGAAUCGAAACUGGUGGAGAAAGAAGCACGAAAGGAAGCUCGUGCUAAGCACCGCAAAUCUCGAGAGCACAUCGCAAGACGACGGCAACGACUUCCGCCUCCCAUCAAGCGGUCUACUAUCACUGUUCUGGCAGACAUCGACGCGAAAACUGAYAUCAAUUUAGAUGAAGGAAAAGAAMCAUAUAGUGCUUGUAAAGAGAUACCCAGAAAUGGUUGCCCAGUCAUCAUGGAAGACGAGCAAGAAUUGUCCAACAAAGAAAACAAAGAAAAGAUGAACACUUCCAACAGCGACUCAAGUAAAUCUACUCACAACACUCACACGACCGAAGUCAGUAAUGAAGUCCACGAGACUGAGAGAAACAGCCACAGUCACACCACAAGCAAGAACAGUAAUACGAUUACAAGCGAAAAGAGUACCCUCAAGACCACCACCACUAACAGUGUUGUCGACAGUACUAUGGUCAGCACAAACGAUAGUAACAUUAGUGUCACCAACAACAGCACCAACAAUAUUGUGARCAGUAGCGACAAGAACAACGAAACGUCGCARCUGCAAAAACUAAAUGAUAUGCCACUUCUUUCGAUGGAAACGAUCCGGAGUGAUCGUUUCCGUCGAAAGMAGCUUUCUGCUGUUCCCUUGAAUUACCAUAGAGAUGAAGCACUUCGCAAACACAAUACAGCAUCAUACUAUGGUGCUAUUGCUGAUACUUCAAGGUUACUAGCAGGACUCGGAAAUCAGCAACAAACACCRGUCCUGUAUGACACAGGGCGAGGGUUUAACCARAACUCUAUUGCUCUCUCAACGAUCCGGAGCGAUCGCUUUCGAAGAAAAAAACUUUCUGCURUUCCCUUGAAUUACCACAGAGAUCAGGCACUCCUUAAACACAACACAACAUCCUACUAUGGUGCUGUUCCUGAURCUUCAAAGUUAUCAUCAAGACUCGGAUAUCAUCAGCAGACACCAGUCUUGCAUGGCACAGGGCAAGCGUUUCACCAGAAUUCGAUUGCUUUCUCAACGACCCAGAAUGGUCGCUUUCGUCGAAAGAGACUUGCUGCUGUUCCCUUGAACUAUCAUAGAGAUCAAGCACCCCUCCAAAGCAUCACAUCACCGUUCUCUACUUAUGAUACAUYAAUCCAACCURGCAUAGGGGAAGAGUUUCGUUUGAAUCCUAUAAUUCUCAAUGAUAGGCACGCCAUAGGAAAAGGAUCUAAGUUGGAUCCUAUUACUAUAUAUGAAAGUGACACGUCAGAUGCUGAGGAUGUYUAGGAUUCAAUAAAUGAUUAAGAACGAAACUAUCWUCGUGCUCAAUGCAUUGAUUCUGAAAGACGACAGCAAGAACAAGAAGAAGGGCAGCAAGAACAACGACAAGAAUCGCAACCUUGACAACAAUAACAGCAGCAGCAACAACGGCAGCAAGAGCAAGAUCACCAACGCCACAAGCAAAAACACCAACAUAGCCAACAAUAGUAGUGGUGACAAUUUUUCCAACUUGUAGUAGUAUCAGCAACGCCAACAACAACAACAACAACAACAACAGCAAUAUCGAUAGCAAAAUAGCACACCUCGACGGUUGCAUUUCAAUACAUUCAGUCUAAUGGA